AUGGAUUCCUACCUGAUAUGCGACGCCGCCGCCAUUCUUGUCACUUUCAUCUUAUUCCUGUACUCAUUCGGGAAGACUCUUUCGUAUCCUAAUCUCCCGCUACCUCCUGGACCAAGAGCACUUCCUAUCAUUGGCAAUGCCCAUCAAUUGUUCUCCGCACCGGCCCAGGAGGCCUUCGCCCACCUGGCGCAGAAAUGGGGCGACAUAGUGUAUCUACGGAUCUUCAAGACAUCCAUGAUCGUCGUCAGCUCUGCGCAUAUUGCGCGGGAACUGACAGAGAUGAACAGUGGAAACACUUCAGACAGGCCGCGUUUUGUGCUCUUCAGGGAACUUAUGGACAUGACGAAUGACGUGGUGCUCAUGCCAUACGGCGACAAAUGGCGCAGACAUCGACGGUGGUUGCUAGACGUCAUACAAAACACAAAGGAUAUAAUUGACGUCUCGACCAUGCAGCAAAUUCAGACCGCCAGAUUACUCAAGGGUUUCGUUGGAAGUCCGGACACAUUUCUGACGCACAUUAAAUUGUCCAUUAUUCCUUCGCGUGCUUCAUGGGCCUUCAGCGCUAAACAUCUUCACAGGUGGUCCGCGGCGAUGAUGAUGAAGCUAGCAUACGGCUUCGACGUCACAACUUUGAAAGACGAGUACAUCGAGCUGAUCGAGGAGGCGCUCAAGGCGACCACAGGCUCGGCGGGACCUGCAUCGACACUCGUGGAUCUCUUCCCGCCGCUAAGACACAUUCCGGAGUGGGUUCCAGGAGCCGGAUUCAAGCGAAGAGCUCUCGCUAUGAAGGAGAUUCGUCGACGGAUGCAAGCUAGUCCUUAUCGGAGAGUCAAACAGGCUAUGCGAUCUGGGUCCGUGCCACCCUCGGUCACGUCUCGUUUGCUGCAGAGUGCCUCUGAAGAGCUCGAUGAAGCAACUGAAUGGGAUAUUCAAGGCAUUGCAACUGUGCUAUACACAGCUGGAACUGAAACCUCUGAAUCCACCUUGACGGCCUUCAUCCAAGCUAUGGUCAUGUUCCCCGAAGUUUACGCGAAGGCUCAACAAGAGAUUGAUGAAGUUAUCGGUCGAGAUCGCCUCCCCGAAUUCGCUGACAGAGAAUCGUUGCCAUAUCUUGAAUGCGUCCUGAAGGAAUUGUAUCGGGCAAUGACUCGGGACACGGCGACAUAUCCCCGUCCAGAAGACUUUCUACCUGAGCGUUUCCAGAGCGGCCCUGAGAAUGAGGAACCUCCUGAGGAUCCGCGCGGCAUUGUUUUUGGCUUCGGCCGUAGGAUCUGUCCGGGGAGACACCUCGUUGAUAACUCCCUCUGGCUUGCAAUCGUCACGAUUACGGCCACCUUGUCCAUCAGCAGAGCAGUUGAUGCCGAUGGAAAAGAAAUCAUGCCUGUGCUGGCCUUCCCCUCUUCUGCAGUGAAUGUCAUACGCCCACGAUCACAAGCGAUCGUCGAUAUUGUCAUGCAAAUGGAUUCAGAGCAGGUAUAG